ACAAGUGAGCAGUGUUGCGACGGAAGUCGGACGACACAAAGACGUACGGCUGCCAGAAAGAUGUCGAGCCAGUCAAGGAAAACUGAAAUGAGCCACUUACAGGAUGUGAUGCUCUGUGAGCUGGUCUCGCAGCAUCCUUGCCUUUACGAUUUGAAGAACCCUAAAUACAGGGACACUUUGUUCAGAGACAGAAUUUGGGAAGAAAUUGGUGUACAGCUGAAACUGGCAGGACGUCUACUUCAACUUGGGUAUCCUCGUCCAGGUGCAGAAGAAAAUACUAGAGCCGGAAGACGAUGGGUGGCCUGUUCAGUUCACGGUGUCGCAGCAAGGCUCGGCUAGACGGCAAGACGGCCAUCAUCACUGGCGCCAAUACAGGCAUUGGCAAGGAGACAGCGAUGGACCUGGCGCGCAGAGGAGCGACAGUUGUGCUGGCGUGCCGAGACGAGCAGAAGGCGGAGGCGGCGGCGACAGAGCUGCGGAAGCGUCUGCAGAGCUACCAGGGAGCGGGGGAGGUGCGCGUCCAGAGGCUGGACCUCUCGUCGCUGACCUCGGUACGAGACUGCGCGCGCCGCCUGCUCGACCAACACCCCAACAUACACCUGCUCAUCAACAACGCGGGUGUCAUGGCGUGUCCACGCAGCCUGACGGAGGACGGCUUCGAGAUGCAGCUGGGCGUCAACCACCUGGGCCACUUCCUCUUCACCUGCCUUCUGCUGCCCAGACUGCGCGCCUCUGCUCCAGCUAGGAUCGUCGUCGUCUCUUCCCUAGCUCAUCGCAAUGGAUCUAUCAAUUUCGACGAUCUGAUGUGGGAGAAAUCGUACAGUGCAGUGGGCGCCUACGGACGUAGCAAGCUCGCUAAUAUCUUGUUUGCCAAAGAACUGGCAAAGCGACUGGAAGGUAGCGGCGUAACGACAUACAGCCUGCACCCUGGUGUUAUCGCGACCGAACUAGGCCGCCAUUUAGACGACUCGUUUUUCCCGGGCCUUAGCUGGAUCUUUGGCAAACUGGGCCGCCUCUACCUGAAAUCACCGAAGCAGGGCGCUCAGACCACCAUAUACUGCGCCGUCGAAGAGAGCAUCAGCAAUGAAAGCGGACUCUACUACAGUGGGUGCAAGAAGGCGACGCCCACACGACGGGCGCGGAACGCGGAAUCGGCGCGCCGCCUAUGGGAGGAGAGCUUGCGACUUGUCAAGCUAAACGACUGGGACCCCUGCACCGCUCCUGACGGAUCGCAGCCGCUCUGAACUGCCCCUGGACCACGUGGCCAACGACCAUCUUCUCGCCGCCAUGCAACUAAGACGCUUGCUCUCUCUCGUAAAUCACGUACCUUUACUUCGGUGUUGAGCAGCAUCACUGUCCACGCAAUGUGGGCAAGCAUCAUCUUGUCACCGUGCAGCGAACUUGCAACAGGAACACUUGCUCUCUGUCGUAAAUCACACGAUUUUACUUCGAUGAUGAGUAACUGCUGAUUGCGAGACAAGACACCAGAAUGAGAUUCCUGCCUGUUUUCAUUUUAUAUUCGUAUGAUCAAUUUUUCAGUUUACGAUUCGCCACUGUCUUAAAAGACUUUUUUCAAAUAAUUGUCUUGCUGGAGUUGGAAGCUUCUAUUGACUUUUUUUUUCUCAGAGUUUGCGAAUUACAUUUUCGUUUUUGUAAACUGCAUCUUCCGUGAACACAAUAUAUUUCUUUUUUAUAUUCUUUGCCAAACAUGAUUCGAUACAUGUGUAUCGUUUUCAGUGGGUCUCACUUUAUUUCUGUAAAAAUAUUGAACAACAUUCGUUGUUGAUUUUCUAUUUUUGGCAUAUAAACCGUAAUAUGUGCAUUUUUAAUUUUCUUUUGGUUGCUCAUAUGAAACUACAUCGACUGGGAAUGUGUGUUUGUACAGGUUGACUUGCUUUUCUGCAUUUUUAUGGCUUAAUUACAUGUGAUCUGCUACGUAUUCGGAAGAAUUUGCUUGGAGUAAAAAAUAUACUUUGCUGUCUUAGAAACUUUUUAGAAGCUGCAUUUUUAUUCGAUGUUGCACCUUCCUGCCACACAGUUUUACAAGUACAUCCCUGGCGUUCCUCGUCCUAGAUUUGACAGAGAGUUUGUGAAACUUUAAGGGAAACAAAAACUGUCACCAAGACUGAGUUCGUAACACUGUUGGGCACAUUGUUUUAAUCCGUAAUAAAGUUUCACUAUUGUGUCUUUCCAUGGCAGUUGAACCAGAAAAGAGCAUUUGCUCAUUCAGUAUCUCAGAUUUGGUCGAAACUUGUAUUAUUUGUUCUCCCUGUGAAGAUAAGUAACCACAAUAAAUUUCAGCAUUCUUUUAUCUCUCUCUGAUUCUAUUUUAUGGUAUAUCCAGAUUUGGGAGUUGGUCUUUUAUGACAUUGUGAUGGUACAAACGGACACUCGCUAACAUUUUUGAAAUUGGUUACCAUUGGUGGAUGUAUAUUCAACAACACAAAUAUUAUAACAG